AUGGCACAUCUUCCCCAACCGGUUGAAAUGUUUUGGGACAUCUCCUCACACAACCGCCGUACCUUCCGCCGAAUUCCACCGUCUUCCGGAGCCCCCCGGUCAAGUUUAGACAGAAAAAUAGGAGAGAAGGAAACAAAAGGCACCUUCAUUCCAGGGAAUCCAGACUCAGCUUCUAUAAGUCCCAGUGGAUCACCAUCAACAGGCCGCCUCCUGUCGUCUUCCACGUGUCGCAGCUUCUACACAGAUAGGCAGAAAGACCUCCAAACUGCUGCGUGGGAAGAAGAGGAGUUACCUGACGUCUUUGGCGCUGAAUUCUCAGGGAAGUUGUGGUCUCAAGCGCUUCUUCAGCAGCACUACAAACCGUCGAGCAGCUACACAGAGGCCCUCAGCGCCACGCACGAGUCCCUACGCAGUAGCUUCAGCAAGCGCAAUUCACGAGAGUUUAUGGACUACAGAGGACAAGCCAAACAGCCCAGCAAAGUGCCCGCUGGGCAGCUCCCUUUGAAGAGCUCAGCCAGGCCCCUGUCCUCUUAUUCGGAGUUAGGAGGGCCACAGCAAGUGCGCCCAGGGACUUCAAGGGCCCCAGCUGGCCCAGCAGCUCCAGCUGGAGGGGCCUUCGAGUCAGAGCUGCUGGCAGCCCGUGGGACCAGCAUACUGCACAGAUCCAGCGCUGCAGAUCUGCUGCAGCACAGGAAGAAAUCCUUGCAGGGACCGAAAAGGGAGUCCUCGUGGUCUCACCCAGUUCAAGAACACAAACUGCUGCAAAUGGCCCAGACCCAACAAAACCGAUAUGGAACCAAAGGGUCUCCUGUAUCAGCCUCAGGGGUCCCUGGUGCCUCAAGGCUUCCCGUCUCUUGCUGGAGCAUGCUUACAACGCAAAGAUUUUCUACAUGCGCAGGUGAAUUGGCACAAGCUGCAGCCUCUGCAGCAGCAGAGGCAGCGGCUGCAGCUGCAGCACGACGACCAGACUCCCCGCUGGCCUCCUCUGCAGCAGCACAGGCUGCAGCAGCUGCAGCAAAUGCAGCCGCAGCAGUGGCAGCAGCUGCAGCUGCAAAAGCUGGUGUUUAUAGCUCAGCUGGAGCAACUUCCGUUAGCUCUCCCUUGCCUGGGGGCACUGUUGAUUCAGAGUCACUUUGCAACGAGUCUUCAAGGCCGGCGGAGCCGACGCAGGGUUCAGGGGAAGAGGAUCUUGAGGACUCUCAAGAGAACGAAACCCCAAUGACAGUUCAGGAACAUUCCGGCUUUUCUUUUGCUUCACUCGCAAUAGCUGCUGCUAAUGCUGACUCUCUAGCGAUUUAUGCUCCCCCUUCUGCAACUGCCGGCACUGCUGCUGUAACAGUUGCUGCUGCUGCUGUUGCUGCCAUGUCGAAGGAACUCGGUGCUCCAGAAUGCGAAGCUGAGGGUCGCAACGGCACCUUUUGUGAAAAGAAAAAGAGCCCUCCAACGGCAGAGGCAGUAGCAAUAUCAAGUGGAUCAGCCGCAUUAGGGGUGGCAGCAGCGGCAGAAGUGACAACCAUAGCAGAAUCAGGAUCAUCAGCAACUGCUGCAAUUUCAUCAGAGAAAAUAGCUUCAGCAGCCACCAAGCCGAAUGACAGGCCCAUAUCUGAAGAAAUCGCAGUGAGAGGGGCAGUUGGAGCAGCAACAAUAGCUACGGCAGCUACGGCAGCAGCUGCAGUGGGACAGACUGAAACAGGAGGCAUCUAUAAAGCUGAAUCUCCGUGCACCAUGAGUGAUCAGCAGAAGCAAGACGCUCGCUCGCGCGUCCCCCCACUCCCACUUGGAGUUAUUGCACCCAUUAAUGCUGCCCGCGAAUCUAUUUGCCGCAGCGGGAACAGUACAUUGGGCAGCAGCAGCAGGAGCAGCCUCAGCAGCAUCAGGCCACAGAUCCCAGUCAUUCCUGUGCCCCAGCGAAGGUGGAAGGUUCUGGACAUGCCGAUGCCUCUUAGACUGAAAGUGGUGACUGCGGGGCCCCCAGCAAGCGGCAAGAGCUGCUUGGUGCGGCGCUUCUGUGAGCGGCGAUUCGCCGGGGUUUCCCUCCGGGAAAGGGGCGCGAGAGGGGGAGCUAUGGGCCCCCGCACAAUAGCCUAUGACUUUGGCUUGAGAGACGUGGUGCUGCCUACCAAAGAAACGGUGCGGCUGCACUUCGUGGACUUAUCCGGGGAGCCAGUGUUUGCCGAGGCAAUCAAAGGAGCCUUCGAAGGAGCUGAUCUGCUGCUCAUGGUCUUCGACUCAACGGACCCAGCUUCCCUUACUGCUGCGCUUGAGACAUUGCAGCAAGCCAAAGGACAAACAGGUGAUGCACUCCUUGUUCUAGUCGCCGCUAAGGCCGACGGCUCUGCUGCAGCGAAAGCCGGCGUUGCAGCAGGAAAGGAGGCAGCAGCAGCAGCAGGGGCUCGCUUCUACGCAGCAUGUGCUGAGACAGCUGACGGAGUUGAUGCGCUCUUCCUUGAGACAGCUACCGAAGCAGCAGCAAGGGCUAGGGCUCGUUGCAACGUGCAGAUUCCCGGAAUAAAUGUUAGAGGUGCUCCCAAGCAGUGA